AUUUUCGCUGAUCCACCGACGCACCAAGUUGUGACAGGCAUGUCGCUGAAGAUUCCGCAGAGUGGCCCGGGGCUUUUCAAAGAUGGCUACAGCUUUAGCCAAGGGAUCGAAGAAGCUGUCAUCAGAAACAUAGAAGCCGUGUGUAAUCUCUCGGAAAUUGUGCGGACAAGCUUUGGACCCAAUGGGCGCAACAAGAUGGUCAUCAAUCAUCUGGAGAAGCUCUUUGUCACAAACGAUGCAGCAACGAUCGUACGAGAGCUCGAAGUCAUUCAUCCUGCCGCAAAGGUUGUCGUCAUGGCCUCACAGCAACAAGAGGCAGAGGCUGGGGAUAGGACGAACCUCGUGAUGAUACUAGCCGGCGAGCUGCUGCGGAAAGCAGAGCAUCUGAUCACAUUGGGACUACAUCCAAGCGAGAUCAUCGGAGGCUAUGAGCUGGCACGCGACAAAGUAGACGAGGUCCUACAAACGCUGGAGAUCAAGAAGCUUGAGCUACCACUGACGCAAGAUUCGCUUGCAACAGCGCUACGACCCAUCAUCGCUGCAAAGCAAUACGGCAAUGAGGACCUGCUGGCCCGACUAGUGGCCGAAGCGGCGCUCAUGGUCAUGCCGAGCAAAGCGACUGGCUUCAAUGUAGAUAACGUCCGAGUGGUCAAGAUCAUGGGCGGCGGUCUUAGCGACAGCCGAGUCAUUUCAGGCAUGGUCUUUGGCCGAGAGCCAGAAGGCACCAUCAAGAAAGCCACACACGCCAAAGUCGGAGUUUUCACUUGCGCUAUUGAUAUCGCGCAGACAGAGACCAAGGGCACCGUCCUCUUGAAGUCCGCAGAAGAAUUGCUCGGCUUUUCGCGAGGAGAAGAAAAGCAUCUCGAGAAAGUCUUCCAAGAGCUUGCGGAUGCGGGCGUGAACGUUGUCGUUAGCGGCUCAUCGGUCGGCGAACUUGCGCUGCACUACCUCAAUCGGUUCAAUAUCGUCGUUAUCAAGAUCAUGUCUAAAUUCGAGCUAAGGCGGCUUUGCCGAGUUGUCGGCGCAACGCCAUUAGCUCGACUAGGUGCGCCGACACCCGAGGAAAUGGGAUUCUGCGACGUUGUAGAGACAGUUGAGAUCGGCGGCGAUCGCGUCACCGUCUUCAGGCAGGAGGAGGAGACGACUCGAACAGCGACUGUCGUCGUCCGAGGAGCCACGACAAACCAGAUGGACGAUGUCGAGCGAGCCGUAGACGACGGAGUGAACGUUGUCAAGGGCAUCAUCAAGGAUCAGAGGCUCAUACCCGGCGCGGGCGCUACGGAAAUCGAGCUUGCUAAGCAGAUCGCAGAGUAUGGCGAGAAAACGCCCGGUCUGGCCCAACACGCGAUCAAAAAGUAUGCAGAGGCACUCGAGGUCGUGCCGCGGACACUCGCAGAAAAUGCCGGUCUUGAUGCUACAGAAGUACUGAGCCGACUGUACGCUGCCCACUCGAGCAAGGAUGGCAUGGCCACGGGCGUUGACAUCGAUGGCGAGACGAAUGGGACUUGCGAUACUCACAAAGCCCAGAUCUAUGACCUCUUGCAAGCUACACAGUGUGCAAUCGACUAUGCGACCGAAGCAGCUUUGUCUGUCUUGCGGGUCGAUGCCAUCAUCAUGUCAAAAGCAGCAGGCAUCGCGCCACCGCCGCAGAACAAAGCGUGGGAUGAUACAGAUCCGUAAACGGUUGUCGUACAACAUGCAUCUGAAUGACUUUACAGGCUGCAAAGGCCCGGUCUGAGCACGCACAAAUGUGGCUGUAGUGGUACAGCUCGAAUACCGCGCUUGACGAGCCGGUAGCGCCACUCGUGCAGUCGCGAUAAUGUUGUGUCGUCGUUUGGAUUGUGAUACCAGAAACGCUCAGCGAUGGCUGCCGCUCGAGGCCUGAUGUUUUGCUCGAAAUUGGUCUCGUCCGUUUGCUCGGACCACAGAAGAGCCUGUCCGCC